AUGGCUGACAAAAACACCUUCCAUCAUGACCCUGACAAAACGGGAGUGCCAAGUGCCGAGCACGAUGAGACUAUUCAAGUCGAGCCAAGCUUCUUACAAUCUGUCUCGUACGGCAGUGGCGGCAUCAAGGGUCUCAUCAGUUCCCCCUAUGUUUCUGGCGCGGCGGUCCUGGCGUCGCUGGGCGGAUUUUCCAUGGGUUAUGACAUGGGUGUGAUUUCCAUCAUCAAUGUCAUGGACCAGUUCCAUACCGCGUACCCUUUUUCGGCAACCGCCUUUGGCAAGGAGUUCAUGACGGCAAUGCUGCUGCUCGGGGCUUUCGUUGGCUGUCUCUUCAUGCCGUACAUGGCAGACCGUUUUUCUCGGAAGUGGGCGUUGACAGUCGUCGUGAUCAUCUUUGACAUCGGUGCUAUCCUUCAAACCGCGGCACCGAACUAUGCUACGUUGGUUGUUGGACGGUUCAUCGGUGGUAUCGGAGUGGGUACACUAGCAAUGGGCGCACCACUAUACAUUUCGGAGAUAUCUCCCCCGAACAUUCGCGGAACUCUCCUUGUUCUCGAAUCCAUCUCAAUCACCUCCGGCGUCGUCAUCGCAUACUUUAUUACCUUUGGAACUCGGCACAUGGUGGGCGAAGCAGCAUUUCGGCUUCCAUUUGGGCUGCAGAUGGUAACUGCAACCGGACUCGGCGCCGGCAUUCACUUCUUCCCAUACUCACCUCGAUGGCUGGCGCUGGUGGAUCGGUCGGACGAUUGUCUUCAAAGUCUCACCCGACUACGAGGCUUGCCAAACACCGAUGAUAGAGUCCAGGCUGAAUACCACAGCAUCUUAGCCGAGGUAAAUUUUCAAAAGAUCGCCCAGGGAAAGCGCCAUCCCGGCUGCACUGGUCUCAAGAUGGAACUCUUGCUCUGGUCCGACCUUUUCCGCAAACGAACCUGGCGGAGAACCGCGGUUGGUGUCGGAGUCGCGUUCUUCCAGCAGUUUUCUGGCAUCAAUGCAUUUAUCUACUAUGCGCCAACAUUAUUCACCAGCCUCGGUCAAUCUUCUGAACAAUCCCUUCUUCUGUCGGGAGUCCUGGAUAUCCUGCAAAUGGUUGCUGCUGUGGUCUGCUUCCUUAUCAUUGAAAGGGUUGGCCGAAGACCGUUGGCUAUCUUUGGCGGUUUCGGUACUGCGGUCACAUACGCCAUCAUCGCCAUCCUGUCCGGUUUAUACUCCAAAGACUGGCCCUCUCACAUGGCUGCUGGCUGGGCAUGUGUGGCUAUGGCUUUCUGCUUCAUAUUGACUUACGGGGUCUCAUACUCACCCCUGGGAUGGGCUCUUCCUUCAGAGGUCUUCUCCACCGCAGAUCGAUCGAAGGGUGUUGCAUUGUCCACUUGCGUCAUUUGGCUAUGCGACUUCAUCGUGGGUAUUUCUGUUCCGAGUAUGAUGGAAAAUAUCGAGUACGGCACAUACAUAUUCUUUGCCGUUAUGUGUUUUGCGGCAGGAGUGUGGGCAUAUUUUCUGGUUCCCGAGACGGGAGGUAAAACUCUGGAGGAGCUGGAUGAAGUAUUUGGAGACACGAGUGGUCAGGAAGAGAGGGCCAUGAUGGCUCAGACUAUGCGAACACCCCAUUCUAACUUAGAGACAACAGUGUAG